UCCCGGCCAAUACCGAAAUGGCGGUUGGUACAAUCCACGACCUGUUUAUCCUGCGAAGUCUCUCUGGCGCUGUCACGUUUGUGCCAGAAUGAUGCGGAGGGAACACAUAGUCGCUCAUAUGGACGAGUACCAUAGGACUCAGUAUUUCUGCAACGGAGAUGGGUGUGAAUGGUGUGAGAGGCCUUUUUGGGAAAAAGAAGAUUUUGACCAGCACUGGGACGAAAUUCAUAAGCAGGUUAUAUGUGACUACUGUGAAAAAUAUAAGAAGAGCAAAACGAGCUUGGAGAUGCAUAUGCAACAAUCCCACGCCUCACGAGUAAAAUACAUCACCCCUCAAUGCAAGAAGUGCUUAAAGACAUAUUCCUCGCUCUAUGCUUUGAAGCAACAUAUAUUAUACACACACGAGAAAAAGAGACUAAACUGUCUAUGGUUCCAGGAGCCGAUAGAGCAGCGGUACUGCGUCGAGUGUGACAUGACCUUUAAGAGAAUUGCCAUCUUUAAGAAGCACUUUGUUGAGAAACAUUCGGGUGUGUCUAAACCUACGUAUCCGUGCGAAUAUUGCGGGAAGGUGAUGUCCAGCAAAACAACUUACCAAAACCAUGUAAGCCUCUUCCAUAAAGGCAAGACUGACUACCGCUGCCACAUUUGCGGCAAGUAUUUAUCGAAGUUGCAAGCGCUAAAAAGUCACUUGGAUGUACACAACAAUGUGAAACCUCCGAAGACCAGGAAGUGCAACAUAUGCGGACGCUUGUUUGUGAGCAACAGCAUUCUACGUUUCCACAUGUACACCCACACGGGCGAGCGUCCGUACGCAUGUCCGCACUGCGACACGGCUUUCUCGCAGCCGCAAUGCCUUGGCACGCACCUGAUGAAACAACACAACAUUAACGCCAGGGUACGGACGAACGGGACCAUCACUGAAGUUACUGGGACGGAAUAA